CUGAUGGUUUAACCCUCUGAACCCCAACAAGCUGUUUUCAGGGCUGUUUUUGCUCCUUCUACAUUUUACUCACUGUGGCCUUGUAUUUCACUACAACAUAUAAAAUCUCUAAGUCCUGCUGCUCCAUGGAAUCAGCACAAUCAUGGCUAGAAGUGGAAAAAACUCAAACAUGUCUUUGUGCAGAAUAAAACAGUUAGAAUGCCAGAAAUCAUAAAAAAAGAAAAAAAUACAAGUUGAAUCUUUUUAUGAAUGUAUACAUACAAUUUAUACAAAAACACUUUCCCAAGUGCCCACUUUGGGUCACCACAUAUUGUACAUAUUGAAGUAUUACAGCCUCUCCUCUCCUGUCCUCUCCUCUCAGCUCUGUAUGCAGAUUUUCAGUGAAUAUUUGUCACAUGACGGAUUUUGCUGAGAUGAACAAUCAUGGCUUCACAGUGUUGCUGAGGAGCAGAAUUUAAUGUUUUUAACAGGAUUGUAGUUAGUUUCUAUGAUAAACGGUGUAUUUUUUGGUGAUUUUUAAAAAAGAAAACAUACUUUCCGGAGGUUCAGAGGGUUAAUUCAUCAGUACAACUGAAUUUAUAACUGAAAUGCAUGUUGAUUUUAUACUCCUGGUACUCAGUCACUUAAGAAGGUGAUUUUACUUAAUAAUCCUAACAGUAAUAACAAUCCAGACUUUGAAUACUUUCAUUUUAUAAUAAUCAUAUUAAUUGAUCAGGUAUCUGACAGUUGUGUAAUCUUGUGCUUUCAUUUAAAUCUUCCUGACCAUAUUUCACCUUUUUACCUUACUGCUGCUAACUAAUGAUUCCUAACUCCUGACAUGAUGCUGACUGAUGGUAAACGUAAAGCCCUGAAGCUGAACUUUGCCAACCCUCCGAUCAAACCCACGACCAGAUUCACCCUGAACACGGCCGGGCUGCCCUUCCAGAACCCGCACAUAGAGAGGCUGAGAACACACAGCAUCGAGUCGUCAGGGAAGUUGAAGAUCUCCCCGGAGCAGCACUGGGACUUCACAGCCGAGGAUCUCAAAGACCUGGGCGAGAUCGGCCGAGGGGCGUACGGCUCCGUCAACAAGAUGGUGCACAAGCCCAGCAACCAGAUCAUGGCGGUCAAGAGAAUCCGGUCGACGGUGGACGAGAAGGAGCAGAAGCAGCUGCUGAUGGACCUGGACGUGGUGAUGAGGAGUAGUGACUGUCCGUACAUCGUGCAGUUUUAUGGCGCUCUGUUCAGAGAGGGCGACUGUUGGAUUUGUAUGGAACUUAUGGCUAUCUCGUUAGACAAGUUUUACAAAUUUGUAUAUUGCUCAUUAGACGAGGUGAUUCCAGAGGAAAUAUUAGGAAAAAUAACUUUAGCUACUGUGAAGGCACUUAACCACUUAAAAGAAAACUUGAAAAUAAUACACAGAGACAUUAAGCCGUCAAACAUCCUCCUGGACAGGAACGGCAACAUAAAGCUGUGUGACUUCGGCAUCAGCGGGCAGCUCGUCGACUCCAUCGCCAAGACCAGAGACGCCGGCUGCAGACCGUACAUGGCGCCGGAGCGAAUAGACCCAAGUGCGUCCCGGCAGGGCUACGACGUCCGCUCAGACGUCUGGAGUUUGGGAAUCACACUGUAUGAACUGGCCACAGGGAGGUUCCCGUACCCGAAGUGGAACAGUGUGUUCGAUCAGCUGACCCAGGUGGUGAGGGGCGACCCGCCACAGCUCAGCAACUCCGAGGAGAGACGCUUCUCUCCCAAAUUCAUCUCCUUUGUCAACGUGUGCCUUACAAAGGACGAGUCGAAAAGGCCAAAGUACAAAGAGCUACUGAAAGAUGCGUUCAUCCAGAUGUAUGAGGAGCGAUCGGUGGACGUGGCCGGGUACGUCUGCAGGGUGAUGGAUCAGAUGCCGGCGUCGCCCAGCUCGCCCAUGUACAUGGAUUGAUCCAGCACGACAAAAUACUUCACUAAAUAUACACCAGUCUGCAACAACAAAUACAUAAAUUAUAAAAAAAGAAAAGAGAAAAAAAAAGAAACAAAACAAACCCUUGUGUAAAUUUGCUUGAUCCCCUUAUUGCAGUGUUAAAAGAGAAUUGUAAAGCCUAAAAGAAAAAGAAAAAACACCAUUUGCACUAAAGGUGGUGUUCCUUUCAGUCAUGUCUGUAUAAUAUAUCAACACUUCUGUUCUCUCUUGUUCACCAACACAGACGCACAGUCAUGUAAGUAUAAUAGCAGCUGAAUCAAUCAAUCAUACGGUCUUGACUCAUCUUAAUGAGGACACAUCUCAGUGGUUAGUACAGUGAUUUAAGAAUAAAAUAAAUAAACUUGUAUUUAUAGAAGCGAUUCUUCGACAUACUGGAAUCAUGCUCCUUGUGAAUUGUCC